GCAGUGGCGUCUGAGGGUCUAAUAAUAAUUGGGAUGAGAACCUCACCUUGGUCAAUACACAUAGAUUCUUUCAUUUAGUACAUUUUCUUAGCUUCGUCGACAACAGGCAUCAGGGCACAGGUAUUUUUUGUUUAGAAAUAAUUGAUUUCGCGUGACUGUACCGUCUGUCUAGACUGAUUACCUCGUCUCUAACACUAACAUUGUAUAUUGCCAUGUUUGUUUCAGGAGAAACCUACGAAGGAACACGAACUCUGUGUUGGCCUUACCAGCGUUUUUCAGGAUGAAUUGAUUUUUAUUUAGAACUAUCAACUAAACGACCCUGAAGCUGCCCAAUAUUCAGAUAAGCGACGAAAAUUCUUGGACGUGGAGAAGGUAAAUUAAACGAUAAUUUCGAUGUCUUAGCAUAUUUUUAGGUUCUGAUCGUAGGAUAGUAUAGUUUCUCCUAAGGAAAGAGAUUUAACAAAAAGGGUGUUAAAACCUGAGCAAUCUCACAAUUCUUCCUCUCAGUAUAUUGAUCAGUUGUUGGCCUCUAAACAAAUGCCGUUGGCGAGCGUCCUAGCAUAUGAAUGCAAUAUUGUUUUUUGCUUUCCAGACAAGCGAUCGAUUCGUGUUUAGGAGAAGUUCGUUUCUUUGUCAUCACUGGCCUCUUCUCCUGGUCUUUCUUGAGGCUACACGACUUUUAGAAGGAAAUGUUUAUUCUUUUGAAAAAAAAAAGUUCAUAUUGAUGACAGUGUUAAUGUUUAAUUCUAGAUUUACACCAUAUCUCUUCUUCACGGUUGUUAAAUUAAUGCAAAUGGGAAUGUUCCCGCAUCGGUACCCAGACACGAUUAAGUUGUAUGUGGUUCCUAACCUGACUAUGUUUCGUUGAGGAUUAAUAAAACUUAAGAUGGUUGUCAGUUUGUUUCUUAUUAAAGAGAGUCAUGAGAAGAACUAAGCAUCAGGGAAAUGAAAUCGGAGUUUAAAGGGAAAGUUACAAUUUGCAUAUCAAAAGUGAAACAGGAAGUUUGGUUUGAAGUGCAAUCCUUUCAUGUCUCUUUAUAUUCCGAGAAUUAGUUCAGAUGAUCCAAAAAGCUUGCUUCCUUUUUUCCGUCAGACGUCAGUUUUAGUUGUUGCGAACCGAAUAAUUGACGUUGUCGAUCAAAUUGCAUUGGGACCGAAAUUUUGUAAAGGGUGAAACUUAGCCGACGUCGCUUACUUGAGGACAUUAAAACUGACUUUAAUUUCGUUCGUUUUUUGCUCACUUCAUUUUCAAAACACCAUGCACAGUUACUUUUCUCCUUACGGGGUUUAGGUUUCCAUAUAAAUUAUACAUUCCUCAGAAUGUUGCGCAUCUGCUUACUUGUUAUCAAUAUUAAGCAAUUACUCAUUCUUUAGACUUGUACAAAGUCCUGCGCAGUCGCGCGUGUCAGUUUCCUCUCGUCGACCGCCCCAGAGUUUAAAUGUUUCACCGUUUUUCUGAUAGAAUUAAUAGAGGUUGACUUGGUCUGAAGUCUAUGCUCUUUCCUAGCUACAAUCCUGGACAAACGUCCAUGGGAUAGAGAGGGGAUGGACAUGUGUGAUUCAAGAAAGCCCCACGUAUGCAAAUGUAUCGCAGGCCGUUUGCCUAUGAUGCGGUAGCUUUCGAUAGCUUGUUAACCAGUGUUAAGCUACCAUGACAAGAGUGUAGAAAUAUUCCGUAUUUUACCAACUUAAUCUGCAUCCGCGUCAUUUUGUAAUCAACAUAUUCAGCAGUUGUACUCUUCAUUUCUUUAACCAAAAUGAGCCAUUAAUUUGAAAACAAUGGUUAUUACUUCGGGGAAAAAUUGGCAUGGGCGAUUUAGUGGCAAGAAACCUUUAACUUCACCAGAAUAUUUUUCAGGUUUCGCAGGGAGAACAAAGCCGUGAUUUAUUUUUCUUAUGUUGGUACAAACAACUUUCAUUUACACUCAGUGAUUCCUUUUCAAUUUUAUUGUCCUAGGAGAGGACUGAUCUUGAGUGACUGGUUAGACGGUCGAGCAGAAGGUGCAACAGUUCGCUAAGAAAAGGGCCCCGUAGAGAUACUGUGGGGGUUAGGGGUAAGCGUUAUAACAAAACAAAUAUUCUAUUUAGAACUCACUGGCACUCCUGUGUAAUUCACGUUGAGACUUAAUAAACUGUCAUUCUUAUUUUUUUUAAUCUGCACAUAUCGUUCUGUAUAGUCACAAUUCAUACAAAGCCGUUGUUAAAAGAUAAUUUUAAAAGGUUAUUUGUUAUUUGAGAACAAAUUCCAACUUAAGGCUUUAGUGAAAAAUAGAGCAUAUAACAUUAGUGAAAACUUGGUCUCUUUUUUUAUUAUAGGGUCUAAAUAAAAUCUUGCAGGUUUACUCUGAUGGCUUCUGCUCCAACAUUAGCUCCAUCAACUAAGGAGACGACUAAUUACGCAAGAUUAUGCCGCCUUUUAGUAGAUGGAGGCACCAAGGCCUUAAGACACACUUUUGACAAACUCCACUCCCCAGCAAACCUGUUUAAUGUUUUGAAAGCUGGUUCUGCGGAACAUUCAACUCUGCAGUCCCUUAAAAGGAAGAGAAUCAUCAAUGCCACACAAUGGGGUAAGCUGUAUCCCUCUCCGACUUCAUCUGUAACAUCAGAAGACUUUGACAUCACUUUACUGAUGGUGCUACUGAGGAACAUCUGUGGUCUGACGGCUCCUAGCACAGGCUGGGACAGUCUGCCACCUGCUUCAGACACAAGUGUUGAGGCUAACAUAGCCAGAGUAAAGUACUAUAGGAACUCGGUCUCUGGGCAUGCCAGCCAGGCGUCUGUGGACAAUCCAACAUUUAAUUCCUUGUGGCAGGAUAUAAGUGCCGCACUGGUUGUACUGGGUGUAGACGCAGCUGCUAUCACACAACUAAAAACUGAGACUAUGGAUCCAGAUACAGAGAGGCAUUACCGAGAGCUGUUAAAAGAAUGGAAGAAAGACGAAGAUAACAUUAAGGACCAACUUGAUAGAAUGGAAGGUAUUAACUAA